AUGGACAUGAAGACCACCCCCAUCAAGAUCAAAAUAGCCAAGAAGCGAAUAAGACGCCCAAGACGAGAACUUCCAGAAGACCUUUCCGAUCUUUUUAUCGCUGAUGGUGAUCGUCCCAGUGACCUAGACGUUAUUGCAGGACGUGGUGGUGGUUCCAAUCAUCAUGAAGGAAACAAGCGCUACUGGCGCCGCAUCCUAGCCGAGCGACCAGGAUACAAGCAGCUGGGCAAGAAUGAUAACACUUCAAAGAACGAAAUAUCUGAAGGUAUUUACAUGUACAUUCUUUCAACAGGUGGAAGAUUCUUGCAGCUCGACACAAGAACUGAAAAGUGGUUCAUGAUCCCCAAGAAGAUAUCUCUGGACAAGAUAAAGCAAGCUUUGCGAGACAAAUAUGUGCCUCACUUUCUCAAGGGAGAGACAAUACCACCAAUGGCGGAACGUCUUCAAGCAUCUUCGGCCCCAACCGUUGCGAAUACUAGCAGCCACCAAGCCACGGCUCAUGCUGCUCCUCAAUCGAAGCGAAAGAUCGGUCUCCUCUUGGCCGCUGGUGCAAUCUGUCUUGCAGAGAAAGGAAGUGUAUGUAAUGCAUAUCAAACAAAUAUAAAUUAUGGACUCACUGUACCGAGAAGAAGAGGAAUUCCCAUCACGAAAAGUUGGAUUUCAGGCACGACUCGACAUGUGGAUUCAAUGCAAGCCUGGGGAACCUUUGAGCCUGCCAUUCGGCUCGUCUAUAAAAUCCAACCAGAAGUCCCUUCUUUCGUUUUAUCUCUCGCCUACUACAUCAUUGCAACUAUUCCUCUCUGCAUUCUUGCCUGGAGAGAAACUCCGCCAGAUUUAGAAAAUGUGGAGACAGAAAGCGAGAUAAAAUCGAAUUUCUCACAACUAUGGGGUGGUUUGGAGUUGGGAACCUAUCUAUUUGUUGGAAAUGCGCUACAAGUGAUUGGAUUACGGACAGUGCCUUCAGAUCGAGCCGCUUUCCUACUGCAGCUCACGACAAUUUUUGUUCCUUUGGUCCAGAGCAUCUUGGCUCGAAAUCUUCUUUUGAUUCCAGCAAAAACAUGGGUGGCUUGUUGUGUCGCUUUGGCGGGAGUUGCCUUGAUUGGAGUCGAGAAUGCGGAUGGUGAUGUGAGCUUUGCAUCAUUCUCGCUUGACUUGUUACAGUUCUCAGCAGGCGAUCAGUGUAUCAUGCUCGCUGCAUUCGUGUAUACAUUUCACUGCAUCCGGUUGGAAAAAUAUGCCAAAGAGAUCCCAUCAGCGAUACGGCUAGCAGCGGCCAAAGCUAGUACUGAAACUGGCUGGAGUGCUUUGGCGGUAGGUGCUGGCCUGAUAGCUGCAGCACAAACCGGUACUUUGGAAAACCCGGUGCUUGGUGGUCUUCAGACGUCCGGUCGGGGAAUACUAGAGUACACCGAGACUUUUUUGGACUUUUUGGACUCGAUGCAAGACGUCGACAUUAGCCAGUAUGUGACACUCGCAGGAUCUUUGUCUUGGAUAGGCCUCGUGACAGUUGCGUACACGAUUUCCGCACAGACCUAUGGACAGUCUAGAGUCCCGCCAUCUACAGCAAACUUGAUUUACACGCUACAACCAAUAUUCACAGCACUCCUCGCAUAUUUACUUUUGGGAGAAACCUUAAGCUAUACUGGCUUGGCUGGUGGCACAUUAAUUGGAUCGGCGGUGCUCUUGGUUGUAGCAGAAGUUGGAAAUGGGGAGCCUGGAGGUGUGUCGAGAUCUAUUGAUUCGACGAAGUUGUAA